UCUGGCUCCGUGCGGUCCUGCCGCAGGAAGAUUUGGGCUCUGGAGCCAGGGAUUAUGAAACCAUACACCAUCCUCUUCCUGUAGACACCCUAGGAGAACCAUGUUAUCCUGGUCUUAAAACACCUGCAAGAAAGGGCACAAUAUUUUUCCACUUAUAAAGCAGAUACUUCAUCCUGCUCUGAGAACCAACACAAUGGCUUUACUCCCAGUGGUGGUGUUUUUGGCUGCUCUGUUGCUUCCAUCUUUACCCACAGAAGGAAAGGAUCCAACUUUUACUGCUUUGUUAACCACUCAAGCGCAAGUCCAAAGAGAGAUUGUCAACAAACACAAUGAACUAAGGAAAUCAGUCUCUCCACCUGCCAGCAACAUGCUAAAGAUGGAAUGGAGCAGAGAAGCAACAGCAAAUGCCCAAAGGUGGGCAAACCAGUGCACUUUAGAACACAGUAGGGCAGAGGACCGCAAAACCAGUACGAGAUGUGGUGAGAAUAUCUAUAUGUCUAGUGACCCUACUUCCUGGUCAACUGCAAUCCAAAGCUGGUAUGAUGAGAGCCUCGACUUUAUCUAUGGUGUAGGACCAAAGAGUUCCAAUGCAGUUGUUGGACAUUACACCCAGGCUGUUUGGUACUCAUCUUACCUUGUUGGAUGUGGAAUUGCCUAUUGUCCCAAUCAAGAGAGUCUAAAAUACUACUAUGUUUGCCAAUACUGUCCUGCUGGUAAUAAUGUGAGUAAAAAGAAUACCCCUUACCAACAAGGCGCACCUUGUGCCAGUUGCCCUGGUAACUGUGACAGUGGACUAUGCACCAAUAGUUGCGAGUAUGAAGAUCUCCUUAGUAACUGUGAUUCCUUGAAGACAACAGCUGGCUGUGAACAUGAACUGCUCAAGGAAAAGUGCAAGGCUACUUGUCGAUGUGAAAACAAAAUUUACUGAAAUGCCCAAUGUGCAUUUUGCAGGACUAAGCGGAGAAGGGCUACAUCCUUUAAUUGACACAUACCAGAGGGGAAAUUGUAGGCAUGUUAGUUACAAAGUUGAUUCCAGACAGUAAUGCAUCUUUUUCACUUGGAUCUUUGUAGAAAUCUCUUACAUACAACGAUAUACAAAAGCAGCAUAGUCUGUGAUGACAACUUUGGACUUGGAUAUAAAUUUGGUACUUCAAAUUGAAUUAAUUGAAUCAAGUUGAAGAUUUUGAAAGUUGUAUAACCACAGGACUUAAGUCACUAGAACUUUGGAUUAAAACGAAGAAUUACAUGUUUCCUGAAACAAUAUGCCAAAAAAAAAAGACUAUAACAUCAUUGCCAUUCCUGUUGCAUGAUUUUUAACACGUAUAAAGAAUGAAUUCAGAGACUGACAUCUA